GGGAGGGGAGUAAUAAAUAAACUAUCUCAAAGAAAUUCGUUUCCACUUUCACAAGCGGGCACAGUAUCUGCUUGCAGGGGAAUUGCAGAGGAAGAAAUAACGAUUCAUUCAUCCAACCUAAAAUCAUGGGGAAUGAGAAGGCGGGGAAAGGGAAGGCUAAAAUAGAGAUAAAGAAGAUCGAGUCUUUGCAGGCGAGGAACAUAUGCUUCAGCAAGCGGCGUCAAGGGCUGUUCAAGAAAUCGGAGGAGCUCUGCCGUCUAUUUCCGGGAACUCGGGUCGCGGCCGUCGUCUAUUCGCCUGCCGGGAAGCCAUAUUUUCUGGGAGAUCCGUUCGCCGCCGCCGCCGCACUCCUCUCCCAAGACAAAGGCGGAGAAGAGAGUGCGGUAGUGGAAAAAUCGGCGUCUGAAAAAGAAGAAAUUCAAGGCGGCAGCGCUCUUCCUCUCGGCUCUGACUGGGAAGGGUUCGUGAAUUGCAAUGCGCUUCCUCUGGCAUUUGGUUGGGAGGGUUCGAAUCUGAACGAGUUUGUGGAUUUCCAUGGGUGGGAUGAAGAAGCAGUCGGAGCACUUCUCAUGAAUUGCAAUGGCCCAAAUUAGCCCUGCGGCACUUCUGUUGAUUUCCACGGGUUUCUGCCUCUCUGACCCGAUCUAGUCGGGUCCCAAUUUUGUGUACUCUAAUGGGGUUGUCGUUGAGCAGUAUAUAUUAAUUACGAUUAAAUUUUUAUUCUAUGUUAUCAAUUAUCAUCACUCCAUCAUUCAUAAUCUCUUACCCGAUGCUUACCUACCUGAUCAAUCUGACUCACAAUUCUUUUUUUUCCUUC